CUCCGCGUUACAGAGGCGACAGUAAGACCCGGUGGAAACCAAGCAGAAACACAGGCGGGCUACCCUACCUCCUCUCACACCCGCUCGCCUUGCAUUUCAGGGAGCGCGAUAUGGUUAGGGCGCAGAGCUGGCGGCUGACAAUUGCGCUCAGUUAGGUCUGCCCACACUCUGUGUACCUUCCAGCCUACCCAUUUUUUCAAGUGGCUAACUCAUUCAUUCUCUACCACAUCCCUUGAAACUGAACCAAGCUGUGAAUCGCCGCAGGGGAAAAGCCAAGAAGGACAGGCUACUUGAAUUGCGUUGGGGACUCACUAUGCCCUCGUCUAGACCAGGGGCAACUCCGGAGUACUGGAUAGAUGACUCGAAGAAGGAGACACUGGCAGACUACUAUGAGCUGGAGUCCGAAUUGGGACGGGGAGCGACAUCAGUGGUGUACAGGUGCAGACAGAAGGGAACACAGAAGCCCUACGCCGUCAAACUGCUGAACAAGACAGUGGACAAGAAGAUUGUGCGGACAGAGAUUGGCGUUCUACUCCGACUGUCUCACCCAAACAUUAUCAAGCUGAAAGAGAUCUUUGAGACCCCGGCAGAGAUCAGUCUAGUUCUUGAACUUGUCACUGGUGGAGAGCUGUUCGACAGGGUGGUGGAAAAGGGUUACUAUAGCGAGCGGGAUGCAGCGGAUGCGGUCAAGCAGGUCCUGGAGGCCGUGGCGUACCUCCAUGAGAACGGUGUGGUUCACCGAGACCUGAAACCCGAGAACCUCUUAUAUGCCACCUCUGCUCCAGAUGCCCCUCUCAAGAUAGCUGAUUUUGGCCUGUCAAAAAUUGUGGAUGAUCAGGUCACAAUGAAGACUGUGUGUGGGACGCCGGGGUAUUGUGCUCCAGAGAUACUGCGGGGAUGUGCGUAUGGGCCUGAAGUUGACAUGUGGUCUGUGGGAGUUAUCACAUACAUCCUGCUGUGUGGCUUUGAACCGUUCUUUGACGACAGAGGCGACCAGUACAUGUUCAAGCGAAUUCUCAACUGUGAAUAUGAGUUUGUCUCCCCCUGGUGGGACAAUGUGUCACUCAACGCCAAGGACCUUGUGAAGAAGCUGAUUGUCCAGGAUCCAAAGAAACGCCUCACCACUCUACAGGCGUUGCAGCACCCCUGGGUGACCGGGAAGGCAGUUAACUUCGCCCAUAUGGACACGGCUCAGAAGAAACUCCAGGAGUUCAAUGCGCGCCGAAAGCUCAAGGCGGCUGUCAAAGCUGUGGUGGCGUCCUCUCGACUGGGCAGCGCCAGCAGCCACAGCAACGACAGCAGCAAGAACAACUGCAAUCACUCAUCCAGUCAGGAGGGGGCGGGAGAGAGCGACACACAGAAGAAAGACACCCCAAUUCAGGAGGAGGGCUCGUAAGCCCCUACACACGGAUCUCUUUUCCUUCCCUACCACAAAUUAAACAUAGAAAAGUCAUCAUCCUUCAGUUCAGUCGAGGCUGAGACAACAGAAGACUUCCUUAACCCCCCCCCCCCCCCCACACACACACACACACACGCACACACACACAAAGUUUGGAAAAAAUGAAGGAAGUCUUCGGUUGGAUUCAAUGCAUGUGACUGUUUCAUGUAUCAAAAUAGUGUGUAAUGGGCACAUGGCCAUAACUUAACAACAAACAAGUAUUUGACUUACAAAUGAGAUUCUCUCUCUAUCUCUCUUUUUGGUUGUUUGUCCAUUGUUUUUCUUUGGCUGUGAAUAUCCAUGUCAUGGCCCAAAAGUGGGCAGCUUAAAGCAGUUGUGAAUGUUAUGCAGCCGAAAGGUACAAUGUGAGACCUACAUGUGAGUUCACAAAGGUUCGCACCAUACUUUGGUGACCCAACGGUCAGAGGCUAAAGUGCUUUUAGCACUGUUUUUCCUCAGUUGUAUUGUUGAUUAGUAUUUUGCUGCUUUGGUAAGAAAAGCAAAAUGUGUUUUUUAAAAUUUACAGAACUUGAUUAGAUUUAUAUGCAAUACUCAUUGUUUUAAGACUCAGAAUUUCUGAGUGAUUGUUAAAUGUUAUAUUGUAAUGUCAAAGGAGAAUGCCUUAUCUUAUAUUAACUAGUUUUUACACAUAAGUCGUGACAAGUAUUUCUUAACUUAUUAGGUUUUGAAAAACCGAGCUGGAAGAAAAACGGUUUUCAUAUGGGGUAGAACAGACAGAGCUUUAGGAAGAGGGUCAGGGUCUUCUUGUUAUUUUUAAGUAUGUCAAAUACAAAAUGCUUUUUCUGAUUGUGUAGCCUAGGAAGUACACACUGUAAGCAUCAUUCUAUAUGGUGAUGUAGGCCUAAACAAUCCAAGUCAGUGCCAAAAAAGAUUUUUAAAAAUGACAUCCCACUCUAUGGGUUGCCUAAUUCGUUUUGCUCCAUCUCUGUCAUAUGGAUUGUCACUGCAAUUAGCAAAAUCUUUAGUUUUGUUGAUUUUCAGAACUGUGGUGUGUCUCACCAUCAUAAAGCAGGAGCUUAUGGACUCUAAUGACAUGUAUCAAAGAGAAAAAAAAGCCACCUGAAAUGUUUUUACCUUUUGAAAUGUACUCAUAGCAUGCUUUAACUUACAGUAUCAGGGAAUGCUGUUGAUCAAAAGUAUAGUUGAUAAAAGACACCCGAGGAAUGUGUUGUUCAACAGGGGUUCUUGUUUUGCAUGUAGGAAUGUUGAACUUAAGUGCUGCAAUUGUCUUUGAAAAUGCACUGUAUUUUACUGACAAAUAACAUGUAUUCUAUGUUUUAUGAUAGAAUGUUAGGACUUGAAACAUGUUGACACUAUUGUGUCACAAUUUGUUAAAAAAAAAAAAAAAAGCUUGUUUCUAUGUCAGAUGACUCAUUCUGAAGAAUCUGUUAAAUCAUUAAAUUAGUCACAGAAAUAAAUCGUGUGAAAUUCCA